AUGGUGCAACUGCCGCAGCGACGCAUCCUGCCGCGGCGCAUCUCGCCGGUGUUUGCCGCGGUCCUUGACGACGCAGCGCCCGUGUCCAUUGAGCCGCAUCUGCUUGACCUCAUCCAUGCCCGCGAACCCGGCACGUGCCGGUGGCCGUUUGAGGAUGGCACCGUCAGAUCAUGGAUCGAGGGCAGCAACGACAUUCGGAACCUAUGGGUCUAUGGGAACGACGGCGCGGGCAAGGCUGUGCUGGCAGCGACGCUUGCCGAAGAGAUGAUCCAGAGGGCGGAGGCGCCGUCCGACGGGGGCGAAGGCGAUGCCGUGUGCUUUUACCUGUGCCGUCACGACGGCGCCGGCAGCUCAGACCUGGAUGUCUUCGCAACGCUGGUGCUACAGCUGGCGGUGCAGAGCGGGGCCGCCUUGAAGACACUGAAGGCGGCCGUGGGGGAUGAGGACGAUGCCAAGGCGCUUCAGAAGAAGAUGGAGACGAAGACCGUCAAGGAACUGGGACAGUUGCUCGAGGACAUGGCUCGGCACUUGAGAAAGGUAUCCGUCUUUGUGGUGGCAAUCGAUGGCCUGGAGGAGGACGCAAAGCGAAGCGUGCUGGAGUUACUCGGGACCAUGAGCCAGACGCCCGGCGUGCCGCUUCGCGUGGCUCUCACUGGGCCUACACUUUCCGCCACGGACGGGAGACUGUGCCACGAGGGCCGUUUUCACAUGGUACUCGCCACGGGGAUGACCGAGGACAUACGGAAAUAUGUGCGCGGUGAGCUCGCGAGGAAGACUGCCCGCGGGGCGCCUUUCCUCAAAGACGAGAGUGUGAGGGAAGGCAUCGAGCAGGACAUUGUUAACAGAAGUCACGGCGCCUGGCUCUGGGCCGUAUGUGAGCUGGAGGCGCAGUGCAACCUGGCCAGAAUUGGGCGAUGGAAGCCUCGCCCCUCAGGGGGUGCGUCGCCCGAUCCCCUUCCGCAGUGGGCGUACGGCCCUGACCCGGAGGACGUGCGCGCUGGACUCUUCCCAUGUGGGCCAUAUCUCGAGAGUGUCCUAGCAGAGGGUAAUCCUCGCACACUGUUUAUCCUGAACCGCGUGCUCAAGUAUGUCUUGGUCUCGGGGCUCUGGGAACAGGCACGGCUCAGCGUCGAGGAGAUGUGCGAGACGCUUACGUCGCUGCUCAACCACAACACAUGCGGCACCUGGUACGCGGAGAACAACGUCCCGGCGCAUAGACAUCACCCGGCCGUCACAGAGCAGGACAUUGUACAGAUCUGCGGCCCCCUGAUUCGCAAAUCACACGAUGGCACGCGCUUCGAUGUCAGUCACCCGAGUGUCAUCUUCUUCUUCAGGUUCUACAACCCUCAUCUGCCCGAGACGCGUGACUUUCUGUCCGCGGACUCUCCAGCCAAGCUCAUGGGCCAAACGGUCGACGAGUUCGGCUUGGUGGGCGAGAUACUGGAGGAGCAGGGCAUGUUCGACGCCGCCGAGGCGAUGCAUCGCCGUGUCAUGCGCUGCGAGCAGUCGGGCUGCGGCCCCACGCACCCGUCGACGCUCGCGCGCGUCAACAAUCUGGCUUUGUUCCUCAUUGGCCAGGUGCGUCUCGACGAGGCAGAAGAGUUGCUGCUGAGCGUGAGGGACGCCUUCGAGGCGAUGGAUCCGCCGCCCACGGAGAUGGUCGUCCGCGAUAUCAUGUGCAACAUGUACAACAUGCUGGGCAUCGUCUACAAGCGGCGCGGCGAGCUCGACCUGUCGGAAAUCAACUACAUUGCCGCGCUGAGCGGUUGGGAGGACAUCUACGGGCCCCACAGCCUCGAGGCGGCUCGCGCGGCGAAGAACCUGGGCCUCCUGUACGUGACCAUGGGCCCCGAGCGCGAGGACGAGACCUGCGCGCUGUGGGAGCGGCACGUCGCGGACCUCGAGGCCAGCAGCAGCAGCAGCGGCCUGGGGGCGGCGGCGGCGGCGGCGGCGGCGGCGGCGAACGAGGAGGAGGUGGUCGCGGCGGUGUACGACCUGGCGCUGCUGUACAAGAACCUCGGGCGGACGGGCGAGGCGGUCCCGCUGAUGGAGCGCGCGGUGGGCGGGUACGAGCGGCUGCGCGGUCGGGCGGACGAGCGGACGCUGGGCGGGCUGUUUCAGCUGGGACAGCUGCGCGCGGCGCAUGGGGAGUUUGUGGUGGCGGAGCGGCUGUUCAGGGAGGUGGUGCGCGGGUGGGAGAGGGCGCAUGGGAGGGAGGAUGGGAGGACGAUGGAGGGGAGGGAGAUGCUGGCGAUGGUGCAGCGGGACUUGUAUGGGCUGGGGAGGGAGGAGGGCUGA